GAAGUAUUUCCCAGCUGGUUCACGUAGGAAAAAUGGCGGCGGUGCAGGUCGCCUCGUCGCUUCCUUGUGGGCAGCCGCGAGAGGCCCCGCGGGAGCUGUCGCCCGAGCAGGACGAUGGGUUCCGCCGCUUGUCAGCCAGGCUCCGCGCGCUGCAGCCGGAUGACAGCACCGUGUCCCGCAUGGAGAUCCACCUGCUCUUCGACCAGCUCAUCUCCGAGAACUACAGUGAGGGCGGCGGCGUGGCCCCCGAGGACGUCAGUGCUGUUCUUGUGCGGGCUUGUCAGUUGGUGCCUCUUAGUCAGAAUCACCUUGUCAGCAAAGUGUCCCAGCUGAUCCACCAUUUACUUUACAGACUGCAGGUGGUUGUAGACGAGCAGAACUUGGAUUUCCUGUUGACCUAUACAAUUUCAGCUAUUCAGCAGUGUAGCUCUUGGACACACAUGGAAAUUCUUCAAGCCCUGGCCGCUCUGGUUUACUGCAAUGGUUCAAAAUGUCAAAAGUAUCUCCCAGACCUGCUAGGCAAGAGCGGCCUCUUGAUGAAGUUGAGUGACUCAGCUCACUCUGAUCCUGAGGUCAGGAGAGCUGCAGUGCAUUGUAUGGCAAACUUGUGUCUCAGUGUUCCAGGACAGCCGUACCUGGAGGAGUCCUAUCAGAAUGUCUGCUUCCAAGCUUUCUUGACCAUUUUACAGUCUCCAAAAUCGUCUGAUAUGGAUGAUAUAACAUUUUGCAUGUUGUUACAGAACGCACUGAAAGGCAUACAGUCCCUUCUUAAUGGCGGGAAGAUGAGAAUGACGGAAACAGAGCACCUGGGCGCGCUCCUCGCGGUGCUGAAGAAAGCCAUGUUUCACGGACUCCCUGGAUUAAACAUAGAGAUGCCCACAGUUCUAUACCCAACUCCACUUCCUCAGUAUGAUGGACGAUCACCUGUUAAACCACAGCAACCAGAGCCCAGUGCUGCUCGACUAUCUGCGAACAAAAAGAAAAAGCACAAAGUAAAACCAAAGAAAGCCCAACAAGGAGAGAAGGAGGAGGAGGAAGAAUCCAGUGGUGAAGUCGAAGCAGCCCCAGGCCUCAGCAGGAACAGGGUGAACACAUGUGGCGAGAACACCUGGCGCUUCUCCCCCCGGGGCGCCCAGAGUUUGCCUGUGGAUGGAGACAGAGCUGCAGGAAGAGAACAGGUCUGGCCCUUCCCCUCCUCCAGCUGGAAACGAGCCAGCAGCAGUGAGUCAGACUACUCCGAUUCGGAAGGAGGCAUGCAGGGGAAAAUGAGGUCGUACCAAGCCAAGGUUCGCCAAGGAGCGUUAGCUUGUUUUCUUUCUACGAUCAAAUCCAUAGAAAAAAAAGUUCUCUAUGGCUAUUGGUCGGCCUUUGUUCCUGACACGCCCGAGCUCGGAAGCCCACAAUCCGUGUCCUUAAUGACGCUCACAUUAAAGGACCCAUCUCCAAAGACGCGUGCCUGUGCCUUGCAAGUUUUGUCUGCCAUCUUGGAAGGCUCGAAACAGUUUCUUUCUGUUGCUGAGGACACCACUGACCACAAAAUGGCUUUCACUCCUUUCUCCGUAACAAUUGCAUCCAGCAUUAGAGAGUUGCACAGAUGUCUUCUGUUAGCUUUGGUGGCAGAGUCAUCAUCCCAGACCCUUACCCAGAUAAUUAAGUGCCUUGCAAAUCUAGUAUCAAAUGCCCCCUACAACCGCCUGAAACUCAGCUUGCUGACCAAAGUCUGGAACCACAUAAAACCUUACAUCCGCCACAAAGAUGUUAAUGUUCGCGUGUCGAGUCUCACACUCUUAGGGGCUAUAGUGUCUACUCAUGCGCCUUUGCCGGAAGUCCAGCUGCUCCUGCAGCAGCCCUGCUCCUCUGGGCUCAGCAGCAGCAGUUCAGCAACUCCCUACCUCAGCACUCCUGACUGCUGGAAGAAAGUCCCUGCAGGACCCUCUCUGGAGGAAGCGUCAGUCAGCUCGCCAAAGGCGUCUUCAGAGCCCUGCUGGCUCAUCCGACUUUGCAUCUCCACUGUGGUGCUGCCCAGGGAGGACUCCUGCUCAGGUAGCGAUGCUGGCUCUUCCCUGGGAAGCACCUAUGAACCAUCCCCCAUGCGGCUGGAGGCUCUGCAGGUUUUGGCUCACCUGGCAAAGGGCUAUUUUUCAAUGGCUCAGCUGUACCUGAUGGAGCUUGGCGAGGUGAUCUGUAAGUGCAUGGGUGAAGCAAACCCGUCCAUUCAGCUCCAUGGCGUGAAGCUUCUAGAAGAACUGGGUACAGGCUUGAUACAGCAGUACAAGCCCGAUUCCAGCACAGCUCCUGAGCAGAGAGUGCCCAUCAGUGUGGUGGGGAUGUUCUGGACUAUGAUGUUGAAUGGUCCUUUGCCCCGUGCCCUGCAGAGUUCAGAGCACCCAACUCUGCAAGCAAGCGCCUGUGACGCCCUGUCCUCCAUCUUGCCAGAGGCCUUCAGCAGUCUGCCGAAUGACAAGCAGAUUUUGUGUAUUACAAUGUUGCUCGGCCUGAACGACAGCAAGAACCAUUUAGUGAAAGCUGCGACCUCCAGGGCCCUUGGCGUCUAUGUGCUUUUCCCUUGCCUCAGACAGGACGUCAUAUUUGUUGCAGACACAGCAAACGCCAUAUUGAUGUCACUUCAAGAUAAGUCAUUAAACGUGCGUGCCAAAGCAGCCUGGUCCCUGGGCAACCUGACAGACACUCUCAUCAUCAACAUGGACACGCCAGAUCCAAGUUUUCAGGAUGAGUUCUCUGGGCUCCUGCUCUUGAAAAUGUUGCAGUCUGCGAUACAAGCCUCCACGGACAAAGACAAGGUCAAAAGCAAUGCAGUCCGGGCCCUUGGGAAUUUGCUUCAUUUUCUCCAACCGUGUCACGUAGAGAGACCCAGGUUUGCUGAAAUCAUCGAGGAGUCCAUCCAGGCUCUGAUUUCUACCGUUGUAAACGAGGCUGCCAUGAAAGUCCGAUGGAAUGCUUGCUACGCAAUGGGAAAUGUUUUUAAAAACCCUGCUCUGCCACUCGGGUCAGCCGCAUGGACCUCCCAGGCCUACAAAGCCCUGACAUCGGUUGUGAUGUCAUGCAAGAACUUCAAAGUGCGCAUCCGAUCUGCUGCAGCCCUUUCCAUCCCAGGCAAGAGAGUGCAGUACGGGUCCCUAGAACAGUUUGCUCAGAUCUGGAAUGCAUUGGUCACUGCCUUGCAGAAGAGUGAGGACACCACAGACUUUCUGGAAUUCAAGUACUGUGCCAGCCUGCGGACCCACAUCUGCCAGGCGCUGCUUCACCUCUUGCAUCUAGCCAGUGCCUCCGACCUCCCCUGCAUUCUAGAAUCUCUUGAGCUGAAUGGGGAUAUGAUCCAGUCCUACAUCCUGCAGUUCUUAAAGUCAGGAGCAGAGGGAGAUGAUCCUGGUGCAGUCCACACCCCGCAGGAGAGAGACCAGAUGGUCAGAGUGGCCCUGACGCACAUAGGCAGUGUGCAGACACUGGCUGGAGACACAGCCAAGAGGGUCAUUGUGGCCUUCUUAGAAGACAUCCUGGCUGUUCAUUGUGACUCCUCAGGAGGACAAGUGGCACUCCUUGGGUCAUCAGACCAGUGACUUUUCCACCCUCAGUUCACAGGUCACAAUUGGGAAUCAGAGACUGAGCUUGUGCAUUUGAUACAUGGAGUGUUAUUCUAGGGCAGGAACAUCCGGUCAGCAUUUAUUUAGAAUGGCUUAGUGGCUAUUUAACUUUUCUCAAAGGGCUCAGCCACUUUGGGGAGUGGUUCCAUUACAACCAAGAUAUGAGGAGCCAGGGUACAUGUAGUGUGGACCCAAACAACUGAGGUCGCUGUGGAAUAAUUCUGUCCACUGUGAAUAUAUAUCAGUCUCAUUGGUUAAUAAAGAACUGACUGGCCGGUAGCCAGGCAGGAAGUAUAGGCAGGACAACCAAACUAAGAAUGCUGGGAGGAAAAAGGGCGGAGCCAGAGGAGACACCAGCCAGCCACCUAGGAGGCCAGACAUAUAGAAAACGAGGUAACAAACCACAUGGCAAUAGAUUAAUAGAAGUGGGUUAAUUUAAAUUGUAAGAACUAGUUACUAGUAAGCCUGAGCUAUCAGCCGAGCAUUUAUAAUUAAUAUAAGCUUCAGUGUGUUUAUUUGGGAGCUGCUGAUGGGAUAGAAACUUCUGUCUACAAAUGGCACCCAAAUGUUAGGUAGGCAAGGAUUUCCACAUAAAUGGGCAGUGGUAGUGCACGCCUUUAAUCUCAGCAGUCAGUCGGGAGGCAGAGACAGGCAGAUCUCUGUGAGUUUGAAGCCAGCCUAUUCUACAGAGUGAGUUCUAGGACAGGCUCCAAAGCUACGCAGAAACCUUGUCUCAAAAAAGCAAAAACAAACAAAUAAACAAAAAAUUCUACAUAAAACCCGAGAAAGCGUUGAAAAAGGUUUCUAAAACAGAGCCAAGAGCAACUUUCUAGUCUCACGUCUCUCAUGCUGGCCGCAGCACGGGGACAUUUCUCCUGGCUGCUGCCUGUGGACUUGAACUGCCAGUGCACCGUGGCAUGAGCUACAUGGCGUUCCCGCAUUCUCUCAUACUGGCCACAUACAGAAAAGUGCUCCUGCCGUCAGGAAAAAGACAGAGACACAGUAUAGACAGAUUCAGACGAGGAAAAUAAACUCUGAACGCGUUACAGCGUGUUUUAAAAUAUAUGUAGGCUUGGGAGAGAGAAGAGAAGGUAUGGUAGGUGGUGGCUCACACCUUUAAUCCCAGCACUCGGGAGCAGAGGCAGGAGGAUCUCUGUGAGUUUGAAGCCAACCUGGUCUACAGAGCUAGUUCCCAGGUCAGCUAGGGCUGUUACGCAGAGAAACCCCGUCUUGAAAAGAAAAAAGAAAAAGAAAUAUAUAGUUUUAAAAUAAUUGUAAAGUCCUUAAAAAGGGAGUAAAGUAAUAUAAAAGAAAUAGGCCACGUAAAAAUGGAAAAUACACAGAGUCUGGAUCCUAUAUGUUACUGUGUUGUCUUUAA